GCGUCACUGCGGGCCUGCGCGGCCCCGGCUCCCCCCGCCCCGCGGGCAGCGCCGAGCGGCGGCCCCCGGGAUGGGUCCCGGUGGUCCCGGCACCGCGUGGCCCCUGGCCGGGACCGUGCUCGUGGCCGUGGCCGCCUCGCUGGCGGCGGCGGAUGAGGACUGCCUGUGGUACUUGGACAAGAACGGGUCCUGGCACCCCGGCUUCGAGUGCCAGUUCCUGAGCUUCUGCUGCGGGUCCUGCCACCAGCGGUUCUGCUGCCGAGACCCCCUGCGCCUCAUCACCGAGCGGCAGCAGCGCCACUGCCUUGCCUUCAGCCCCAAGACGAUCGCGGGCAUCGCCUCGGCCGUGGUUCUGUUCAUCGCGAUAGUCACGACCAUCGUGUGCUGCUUCCUCUGCUCCUGCUGCUACCUGCACCAGAGGCGGCAGCGGCUGCGCACCCCCCUGCAGGGCCCAGAGAUCCCGCUGUCCAGCUACCCCCCCCCAGUGGCCCCAGCACCGUUCCCUAUGGACCCCAAAGCCGGCCCCGCGCCCCCCCCGCCCGGCUUCACCCCCAUGCCCGUGUACCCGCCGACCGGCCCUGCUGCCCAGUACCCGCUGUACCCCUCUGGACCCCCCAUCUACAACCCCACAGCGCCUCCGCCCUAUGUGCCAGCACAGCCCAGCUACCCCGGAGCCUGAGCACCCAUGGGCACCCCAGCACCCUCCUGCAGCAGGGUUGGGGGGCCUCGGGAGG